AUGUCACUAUAUCGUCUAAUUACUUCCGGAGAAAAUAAACGUCGUGAAUAUUUUUCUUUUAACCGUUCACCGCUUUUUAAAAGUUUACCAGAUCGGGAUUUUGCCCAAGAGCAAAAAUUGUCCUAUCACAACUUUCUCUAUGAAAAACUACCAAAACUACUAAAUUUUUACUUUCCUGCUGAAUUCAACGAUUAUAACAAUAAUGUUAAAAUAAAGAUUGAAGAAAUUCAGUGCCAUGAGCCAGAAAUUAGUGAAGAAGAAGCAAAAACUAAUCACGAAAAAGUAGUAGUUCUUCAAUCAGUAAGAGCACCUACCAUCUAUCAUUUUGCCACAGAAAAGAGGAACAGCUUUUACAGCGAAAUUAUCCCCUUUAAAGACAUACUAAAAACCUUUGCUGGUAACUCAGAAAUUUUGGAACAAUUUUUUAAUCCAGAAGAUUUGAAUCUUGAAGAUUACCAAGUAACUAAACUAUUAGAAACGGGAGAAAAUCUACCGCAUUUUCUAUUUACCAAGAAAAACUCUUAUUUUGAUAUUGGAAAACUAGGGAGGAAAAAAUUUAACCAAAAAAUAGAUAUUUUUCAGUAUUUGCAUGGUCAAACUUUAGCCGAAGAUUUACUUGAUAAAAGCGGAAAAUUGAUUUUGAAAAAAAACACAAUUUUAGAAGGCGAAAAAUUACAACUUCUCCAACAAAGUUUUAAAAACAAAAAAUUAGUCGGUUUUACAGUUCCUCACUCUAACCACGACUUAUAUGUAGUGAAAAUACAAUCACCAAAGGACAAAAAAAUUGUUUUACCUUUAAUUAGUACAGAAAAAAUUUCUCCAGAAGAAAAAACUUAUUUUGAUUUAGCUGAUCUAAUUUGCGCUGUUUCCAGUCAUAUUAACCUAUAUCAUGGCUUAGGUAAAAUUGAAAAAGAAGAAGAAAAAGACAAAUUAGAAAACCAGAUU